UAAAAACAUCAAGCGAAACCCUUCCGACUUGAUCGCCGCCCCCCCUCCCGUGUGUCGUUUUCUUCUUUCACGAUUCGUCCUAUACCCUACACCGUUUGAUCGACAUACCUCAGACUCGAUAAUACACCGAGAAGAAGAAGAAAAAACCCUGAUCAGUUCCGAAGAUGGGAGACUUCGGCGAUGCCUUCAAUCGCAACGACAACUCCCCUGCCGCUGUGCAAGCCCGCACAAAGGCGCAGAAUCGUGCCAAUGUCAUGCAACUCAAGCUGAUUGGGCAGAGUCAUCCAACUGGUCUAACAAAUAAUCUUUUGAAGCUCUUUGAGCCUCGGCCGCCACUAGAGUUUAAACCUCCUCCGGAGAAGAGAAAAUGCCCACCAUAUACAGGAAUGGCGCACUUUGUUGGCAACUUUGCUGAGAAAGGUGAUCCUGAAUAUCAACCACCUGUUCAGAAGGGUGAAACUCCUGCAGAAAGAAAGGCUAGGAUCCACACUUUACGGCUGGAGGAGGGUGCAAAAAAAGCUGCAGAGGAGCUUGAGAAAUAUGAUCCAAAUACUGACCCCAAUAUUUCUGGAGAUCCAUACAAGACUCUCUUUGUUGCCAGGCUUAAUUAUGAGACUUCGGAAAGCAAAGUCAAAAGGGAGUUUGAGGCUUACGGUCCCAUCAAGCGGGUUCGACUGGUUACAGAUAAAGAGACAAAUAAACCUAGAGGUUAUGCAUUCAUUGAGUAUAUGCAUACAAGGGAUAUGAAAGCUGCAUAUAAACAAGCUGAUGGGAAGAAGCUUGAUAACCGAAGAGUGCUUGUCGAUGUUGAACGUGGUAGAACUGUUCCAAACUGGCGGCCUCGUAGACUUGGCGGUGGACUUGGGACAACUAGGGUUGGAGGGGAAGACCUCAAUCAAAAGCAUUCUGGGAGAGAGAUACAACAAUCUGGAGGACCAUCACGGUCAGAGGAGCCAAGGGUACGAGAAGAGCGGCAAGGAGAACGGGAGAGGGAAAAAUCUCGUGAAAGGGGAAGAGAGCGAGAGCAGGAGAAGUCUCGUGAGCGUUCUCAUGACAGACCAAGGGAUCGUGAUCAUAGGGAAGAUAGGCACCACAGAGACCGCGACAGGAACAGAGAGAAGGACAGGGAAAGAGACAGGGGUCGUGAUCGUGAGAGAGGACGCGACCGUGAUCGGGGCCGGGACCGUGGUAGUGGUAGGGAUUAUGAACGUGAAAGAGAUAGGGAGCGUGACCGUGACCGCCCUCGAGAAAGGGACAGGGAGAGGGACAGGAAUAGGGAAAAGGAUUAUGAAGUUGGGGAGGGUGAGCAUGACCGGGGGCGGUCCCGUGAUAAAGAUUAUGAUUAUGACAGAGUGGAAUCCAAACAUGAGCGAGACCGUCAUGGGGUGGAGAGGGAGCGCAACUAUGAUCCUCUUGAGCCUGAGGAGGACGAUCCUGAAUGGUAUCAACAACACCGUGAUCAUGGGCAUAAGCGUUCUGAAGCUGAACAUGAUGACCAUGGGUAUGAGUUUUAUCAACAAGACCGUGGCAAAUAUGACAAUUUGGAUGUCAAGGAGGCUGCUGUUGAUCACCGCCACUACGAUCAUCCCGAUCGUGAUCAAUAUGACCAAAUGGAGGAGGACAACUACCCUAAUGAGCGAGCGACAUCUGAACAGCGUGAAAAGGAGAGAUCUCGAGUUUCUGACCGUGAAUAUGUGCGAUCUGAGAGGUCUCUUUCUCGUGAGUAUGAAUACUAGGCAGUUCGAUUUUGCCUCUCACCUCUUAUGCUUUGCGGGUAAGCUCUGGGGGUUUCUGCUCAUAUGUUUGUUCCUUUCUUUUAUCAGUUUUACUUUUCAAACUUGCUUGACUUUCUCUACUUUCUCUGUUGGUUUUUCUUCAAACUAACGAAUCCAGGUGGGUGUUUUGAUCAAUUAAGCUCAGAAGAUUGAUUUGAAGAUCCUGCGUUUACGUUACCUGUCGAACCUGCAACUCCUUUUUUUGAACUUCAGCAUUUGUUGUUUUUCGAAAACUAUUAUUGGACUCUAUUGGAUUGUGUAAGCGUUUUUUUUCUCGUGUUUUGUGUUUCUGCUACUGCCGCUGGUGGACUAAGAAUAUUUGUGCCUGCUAUUUGUAAUGUCACUUCCGUAUGUUAUAACUUUUUGCUCGACCUUGUGAGAAGCAGAUUUGAUUUUAAUUUUUCAUUA